AUGGCAGACGAAAGCUCUCCUUUGCUACAGUUUCCGGGCAUGAGUCCGGGAAUGAGCGACACUCUUGGAGAUCACCAUCAUCAAUUCUGCCAUCUUGUCGGCGUGCGACCUGUCAAUCAUCCGCCUGGCCAAGACUGGCGAGCACACCCAGAAUCUCUCUAUCGACGGGCUACACGGCAUCGAAGACAUCAAAACGUCACAUACAUGUUCACGGCAACUUUCACCAACACGCUGUUGCUAUCUCAAGUCAUCCUUGGUGCCACUCUCACCGGACUCGGAGCUUCGGACUCGAGCAGAAUCUUGAUCACUGUCUUCGGUGCCCUCAACACAGUCAUUGCUGGCCUGGUAGCCUUUCUAAAGUCACGAGGCCAGCCUGUACGCGCUCGUAUGUUUCGUGAUGACCUCGAGCGCGUCGUCGACGAGAUCGAGAACUCUGCUGUCAUGUGGCUGGGCAUUAGCAAGGGUGUCCAUGGCUAUGAUGCUAUUGACACCAACGACUCGGUCACUGUUCGAAGUGAGGUUGCACGCUUGACUCGGCUCUAUGACCGUGCUGUUAAGAAUAGCACAAUGAAUGAUCCAGACAACUAUGCAGCUGGUGUUCCCGGCGAUCAAUAUAGCGCGGCUCUUCGAUCACGAACCGGGCAGCCUGUUCAGCCUCCCCCGACAGUACCAGCGACGGAAGCUCCAGCGGCUGCCCCUCCUGCUCUAGGUGCCAGUGCAGCACCGGCUCCAGGGCCAAGUGCAGAGCCUGUUCACGAUCCAGAUGAGAGUCCUGCUUCCAAGGCACCCGAAACUACCAAGCCAGUCCAGACGGACACUCCGAAUGUUGAAGAUAAGACUGGGGAGAAACCUGACGUGACAGCUGCGAAGCCGGACAUUAAGCCAACAGAGGAUGACAAGCUGGCACCCAGCACAUCGGAUGCAAUCUCAGCUACUCCCAUUGCGUCAGAUCCAGAGACUGCGAAGCCUAUCGACUCGAAAGUAUCAUUACCCGAAACUUCUGCUGAAUCGAAAGUAUCUGGCCCUGCUAACACAGCCGCCCAAGCCAGUAGUGGUGCUGGACGAGACGAGCCUGCUACGGCUGCCAAGGUGGAGAAGCAUAGUGAAGAUACGUCGAAGUCAUAA